AUGAGUGGUCCAAAAACAAAUGAAAGAUCGAGAGAUGAUGAUAAUGAAGGUAAAAAAGAGUAAAAACUUUUUUUUGACUUCAAGGCGAUUUUUCCAGAAGUUUGGAAGGAACGUUGUUUUCAGUGCAUCCGUUGCAAUUCGAUAUCAGACUGUCGUCAAUGUUCUGCUUGCAAAAACAACAAAACAUGUGAAACUCGCCGUUGCUUCAAUGCCAAAAAACUGUACGACGAAAAAAGUACGUGCGAGUGAGGCAGCUGCAUGUUUUUAAAUUUAAAAAAAACCGCCAAAUUUUUUUUGAAAAAGGUCUAGGAUAAUCGCCGGUGUCUCCUUUUCUAGGUAUAUUUUCACAAGACUGUAAACCAGUGCUGACCGAAUUCCGUUUUCCGUCUUUCCGUGGUUUUUUCUGUUCUGUCUUCCGGAUUUCAAAUAUCCAUUUCCGCUCAACUCUGUUGUGAACCUGGGCCCGCUGCGCGGGCCGAACCGACGCUCGAAAGCGGCUUCGCCGCUUGUUUGUUUCUCAUAACCGUUCGAAAGGUCACGCGUUCAUUUCUUGAUUUUCCGUCACAAUCUUUCCGUUUUAUAAAUCAACGUGGGGGACGGACAAACGGAGUAAUCAUCAUUCUUAUUUAAAAAAAAGCUAGCGGGGUCUGUCCGUAACUUUCUCUCUUUCUUUCUUUCUCCGUUUGUCCGAACACUUUUUCAUUUCUAAAACGAAAAUUGUUGUGACGGAAAAUUUGAGAAAUGAACACGUGAACUUUCAAACAGUUAUGAGAAAGAGCUCGGCCCGCGCAGCCGUUUCAAAAGUCUUUUAAACAAACAAACAACCAGACCACGGUCUCCAGAGCUGACAAUGGAUGCAAGUGCGCCCCGCCCAAUGGAGCGAUACAUUAGCGCGAAAUUCAAAAUUUAACAGCACAAUUUGUGUUUUUUGCCAGAUUAACCAGGAAAAACCGAUAAUUCCUUAUUUGUCUCUCGAUAGACCGAUUGUAUAGGCUAUUACGAAUUUUUUAAGCGCAAGAGCGUCAAUUUUGGCCAAGUCCCAAAUCACAUUUAUCCGUUUGAAGGUUUUUGGCUAAAACUGCGUGAAUUUCAGUUGCUUUCCGGUAAUUUUUGCGGUUCGAGCGCUCAAAAUGCUUGUAUUUACGUGAUUUAUCAUUCUCAAAACCAAUUCUGUCUGAAAACAGUCAAGAAUUUCGAGGCGGCGAAGGCGAAAAAGCGAAGUCCGCGAAAAAUGCGCCUAAACGUCAUUAAUUCCGAGAAUUAGUGUGUUUUCAUGUCGAAAAAUCAUUUUUCAUCGCCUUUGACGACAAAAAUCAGAGAAAACCUGCUCAAUUCAUGAAAACGCCAUUUGGCCGAGGUCACGCCCAUAUUGUCAGCUCUGGAGACCGUGAGACUGACAAACCCGUGAAGAGUUAUAUUAAUAAGAAUGAUUUGUGGCUGCCACCUGCGUGUUCCUGUUUCACUUCUCUUUCACACGCGCUGUUUUUCUCUCCCCUCUUCCUCUCUCAUAGUUAGCUUCGUUGGCGCGCUUUUGAAAUUCAAAAUUGUUUGUACAGUCAUAUUAGUGACCUUCAAACCUUUUAAUUUUUCUUCUCUUUUAAUAAUAAAGGUUUUCAGUGAAAAAACAAACGGAGGAGAAUCUGAAACAAAUAAUGGCUAAAUCCGCUGAGUUAGAAGCACAGGCUGCUGCUUCUGGAAACAACGACAUGGGUAAAGAACCUGAGAAGAAGAAAAGAGGGCGAAAGAAGGGAACUAUUACAUCGAAAAAGAUCAAGGAGAAACACAUUGUAAAAAGUUUCCCUACCAGACUUCACUCUGCAGAUUUGAAGAAAAAGAGGACGCAGCUCACUGUAGGAUUUGAAUUUUUAUUUUAUUUUUUAAAAUCAAUGAUUCGGUUAAGGCGGAGCCAAACAGGCAGCCACGCCAGUGUCUCAAUCCAGAUUGCAUCUACGAGGCUCGAGGAGAGAGUAAGUACUGCUCCAAUGAGUGUGGCAAAACAUUGGCAAGAAUGAAACUGACUGAGAUUCUUCCUGCUCGGUGCAAGGAGUACUUUUCUGUACCACGAACUCACGAAGAAGCUUUGAAACAAAAGCGAACACUUCUAAACAAAGACAUGCAGAAUUUGACAACGUCUGAGAAACAUAUGAUGAGGUUUAUCGAAAAACUUCAUGAGUAUGCCGAAAAGCUAUCGAAGCUGGUGCCGCAAAUAGCAGAAGAACAAGGUGAUGAUAAUAUGGUGAGAAAAAAUUAACGCUACUUUUCUAAUAAGCCGGUUUCCAGUUCGAAGCAUGUGUGGUUUGUGGUCAGCCAGACAUUCCUCUCAAAAAAUACGCCAAACACAUUGAUCUGUGCUGGUCUCGAAGUGAAAAAGCCAUUUCUUUUGGAGCACCAGAAAAAAACAAUGAUAAUUUUUAUUGCGAGAAGUUUGAUCCUAGAACAAAUACGUAUUGUAAGAGAUUGAAAUCGCUGUGCCCUGAACACCGAAAGCACGGUCCAGAGCAGUGUCUGAAGAUCUGCGGAUAUCCCAAAAAAUGGGAAAACAGUCUUGGCUACGACACAAAAACUCUCGCCGAAGCCAUUGAACAGGAAGAGUAAGCUCCUAAGAUUUACUCCAGCCCAGUGUUUGGUUUCCAGUCCAUUUGGAGAAGAAGGAUGUAUGACAAGGAAGGAUGCCUGCUCAAAACAUUACAAAUGGCUGCCUUCUCUACGCGGGUCGAUCGAGCUCGAGCAAGCCUGUCUGUUUCAGAAAAUGUUCGAGCUCUGCCACGAGACGCAUAAGCUGAAUACACACGCCGAAUGGACCACUAACGUACUUUCAAUAUUCAUGCACAAACCGCCAAGUAAGUUAAUAAAUAGUGAUCAAAGCUAAUAUUUGUUCUCAGACAUCGUGAAUCAGAAAGAGUACCUAGCAUACGUGAAAUCCAUGAAGUCUCAGCCCAUGAGCUGGUCGCCAGACCGAAGCGAAGCAGCAACCGACGAUGAUCCUGUGAUGAUAGAUACUGCACAGUUUUUGGCGGGAAUCUCCGUUGACCCUCAAGGUAAGGAAAAUUCACAAGAUUUCAUGGCGUCUACCCUAGAUUAUAACAGUAUGCAUACACUCGAGCUAGAAUAAUUGCAGCAUCCGAUUCGCUAGAACCAGCUCAGUCUCAAAACGAUCUACCAAGCCCAUCUACAUCUACCAUCUUGGCUUCCAAAUCAAACUUCAGUGUUUCCAGAUUCCUAGAAUAA